AUGAUGAAAGCCGCCCAAGUGGGAGCACCCCCGCCCAACCUCGGCCUCCCGCCCGGCAGUCCGCCUAACAACAACCAGUUGUUACAUGGUGGUGGAGGCAGCUCUAGUGGCUCCCAGCACUCUCCUUCAGCGUACCAAAGUGGACCAACACAGGCCCACAGUCCGACGCCCAGUUCUACUCCAGUUUCAGAGUUAUCCCCUGGUUUGUCUCCAACGGGGACUCCUUGGGACGUUAAACAGCCCCCACAGCAGUCGUGGGACGUAAAGGUUGGAUAUCCUAACUCGGGGCGGUCGCCGGACGGCAGCUGUGAUGUAAAACCACACCAACAAUCGUGGGAUCCCAGGGUCGGUUAUGGUGCGCCUGGAGGUCCAUGGGACAUGAAGGGUGCGCACGCACAUGCUUUGCAUCAUCAGGCGGCGCCGCAGCCGCAUCCACCCUACGUGCCGCAGUACUCCUGGUACCAACCUGAAGCCAACCCAGGAUUACUGACUGAAAACGGCCUAGCCUUAUUUCAUCGGAUGGGCUUGAGGAGCCAAUUUCUAGGACCAAAUGAACAAAGCUAUGACAGCUGA